UUUUAAGAUAUGCAGUCGAUGCCUAUGAUCUUGCCUUGAAAAGAAGUUCCAAGCGCAGCAAGAAAUCUGUUGUAAUGGCUUCACCGAUUCGAAGAAGCGGUAGAUUGCAGCUUGCAGAGAUUAUGAAAAGGCCAAAAGUACACGCUGCGCAUGUCGACCUGGUCGAUGAUGACGAGGAUUCUGUGGAAGAUAGAGGUGCAGAUGGGAAUGAUAAUGCUGGUUCAGAUGUGUCUGGAGAUGAUGCAGUGAUUGCGGGAGAUGAAGGCGGGAAUGCAGAAGAGGAGACUGACAGUGAUGAUGCAUUUGAUGACCCACCUCAGAAGACAUCAACUGACCCUUCACCGAGUGCUUCGAGGAAGAAUGUUGCAACAAGGAGGGAAGUUGUGAGAAUUGGGUUUGGGUCUAUGUUAAAGAUCAAGUUAACAGAGCUUCCAGCGAAACUAGGAUAUUGGGUGGUAAAGAAAUUUAAUCCUAGGAGUAGCAGUAUUGAACUUGCAGAUGGAACGAAGGUGCGUGUUACGGUGGAUGAUAUUAGACAUGUUUUGGGUUUGCCGUGUGGGCGUGCUAAGGUAGUCAGCAAAAAAGGUGAGAAGUGUGAUAUACUGGAUCAGUUGAGGGUAGAGAUUGGAAGUAGAUACAACAAGAUCACCCCUUUAGAGCUUAGUGAAAAGGUUCUGCAAUAUACUGAUGGUGGCGUGUGGUUUGUUCGUCUUUUCGUGUUGUUAGUCGUCUCAGUUUUGGUCGAUAGCUCGAGCCAUGGGUACGUAAACAAUUGGGUGUUGAAAAGCUUGGAGGAUGUGGAUGGGAUUGCGCAGUUAAAUUGGUGUGAAUAUGUGCACCGAUCAUUGAUUGACAGUAGAGUGAAGUGGGAGAAGGGGAAAAGAAAAUACUAUACUGGACCUUUAUUGUGCUUGUUGAUCCUAAGGGAUAGGGAAAACAAUGAGGUCAAAGCAGGUGGAUUCGGGUUGGGGUAUGACGAUGGAAGAUUUGUUGGUGAGGUGGUGGAUGCGAGCUCUGGUGACACAGAUGUCGGGGCAGGUUUAGAACAGGAUAAUGUGGAAAAUGGUAAUGGUGAUGCACCAGAACCAAGGGGAGAGACGAGGGAUGAUCCGGUUGAGGUUUUUGUUCAAAAGUUUGCAGAAAAGGGGAGAAUUUUGGCUACCACAAUCAUCGACCUAGUGUCGUUGAUUGAGAGUGCACCACCUGGUACCAUGGAGAAUGAUGUGUUCAAGCAGCUGCAGCUUGCAGCGGGUAGAUUAUUGGGUCUGGCACAGCGUAGAGUGCUCGCACGUUCAAAAUACAAGAAGAUCAUGGAGGAUAUGCCAUCGCUCAGUCUGGGGUUCUCGCAAUUGGAUGGAGAGAAUGAGAAUGUGAAUAUUGAUGGUGGUGAUAUGGGUGCUUGCAGAAAUACACCUAGCACUCCUGUAGUUCGGGUUGUGAAUGAGCCGGAGAGUAACCCAGGGGUUGAAAAUGAUUUCAUAACACCUGGAGAAGUGCAAUGUCAUGUGGGAGAUGCAGUUGAUAUGGAUUUGGCUGGUGGAAACAGGAAUCAGCCGGACAGGAUUGGUAUGACAGCGGUUGCUGGUGUGAGUGCAGUCGGUGAUGGUACUGUGCGAGGAACAUUUACAGAACAUUCAAAAGCAGAGGUGAAGCCAUGCAAUGCAGCAAGGAAGUUGGCUAGGACAUUAAAACCUGCGGGCCCUUUGAGAUCACCCUACCUUACACGACCGAUAGAUCUUUCCGAUGGGUUAUCUGUCAUGGAGAGGAGGGUGACGAAUUGGGUGUUGCAGAAUCCAAAUGCUCCAAAGGAUGAAGCUGUUUUCGUGAAGGAUGGAUUGGAGUUGACAAGAGUAGAUGUGUCUGAGGCGAAUGUGAAGAACAUGUUUGCAAAUGCGCUGCUUCCUGCGUGGGAUGACAUGGCAGAUGAUUUCAACUGGGGGAAAGCUGAACUGAACUGGGCAUAUGUGUUGUGUGUUGACCUAAAAAGCAGACGUUGUGACAUCCUGGAUAGCUCUUCAGCGAAAGCAAAAAACGAAGACAGAUAUGGCGACAUGCCAAAGCGAGUUAGAAAUGCUAAGAGAAUUACGUUACCUUGGAGAGAUCCGAAGGCUACCUUUGACUAUGGUGUGGCGACCAUGCGUCAUAUGGAGACGUAUAUGGGGGAUGGUGGCAAGGGAUGGCACAGUGGCUUGUCGAAGAUAAAUCAGAAGCCUAUGUUGUUGCUGCGCUGCAAGUACUGUGCAUGUAUACUUCUAAGCCCAGUUAAUGCACUGUUGGACAAGGUUUACGCAGAGUCAGAGAAGCUCGAAAGGGAGAGGAAGGGAAAGGAUCCUAAGUGAACCCACACCUAGAAUGGCUGCAUCUUAUUUUUGUGUGUUAGUUGAAUUAUUUUUAUUAGUUGUUGGUGAAAGUUGGUGACACCAUACAUUGAUGGAAGUGCUAUAAGGAAACUAAUUAUCAGCCCAUAGUUUGGUUUAUUUUUUUAUUUUUUGUGUGGAUUUGAGGAAAUUGUUUUUUUGUAGAAGGUGUGAAUGGUUAUGGUUAUUUGAAUGAAGAUGUGGUGUUGCC